AUGAUACCAGCUACAAACAAGGCCUUUGUUGUAACCAACCUUGUUUCUGGAACAGGCUAUGACCUCUGUGUCCUGGCAAUGUGGGAUGACACAGCCACAACCCUUACUGCCACCAAUAUUGUGGGAUGCGCCCAAUUCUUCACCAAAGAAGACUACCCUCAGUGCCAGUCAAUGCACAGUCAGUUCCUGGGUGGGACCAUGAUUCUGAUCAUUGGAGGCAUCAUUGUGGCAACUCUGUUGGUGUUCAUUGUAAUACUCAUGGUCCGCUAUAAGGUCUGCAACAAUUCUCAAGGGAAGAUGUCUAAUGUCAGCAAUGUCUACUCACAGACAAAUGGAGCACAACCAGUUCAGAAUGGAGUCCUGCCCCAAGUCAAUCCCAAAGUGGUGGUGAGGAAUGAACUGAUGGAGUUUAACUGUCAGUCUGCACGGAGUAGCAUCUCCUCUUCCUCCAGCUCUGCAAAUAGUCGUGACUGCGACAAUUAUAGCCUCCAAAGUGAACAGGGCACAUUGUCCAGUAAAUGGAGGCCUCCUUCCAGGUCAAAACACAAUAUUGACCGGCUAAUGGGAGCUUUUGCCUCCCUGGAACUGAAAUGUCAGAAAAAGGAGGAAAUGACAGACUCCAGAACUUCCACGGUGGCCCGCCACUCGGACAAAGAGCCACUGCUGGGCCAGACGGAGUCAAAAUUACGCAGCUUCCUCAUGUUGCCUCUAGAGGGCAAAACCAAACGUAGCCAUUCUUUUGACAUGGGGGACUUUGCUACAUCUCAGUGUUGUACCUACCCAAAAAAGAUAACAAACAUUUGGACAAAGAGGAGCCUCUCAGUCAACGGCAUGCUUUUGCAGUAUGAUGACAAUGACCUAACAGGGGCAAAAGGGACUUUCGGGAGCUCAGAGUGGGUAAUGGAAAGCACGGUGUAAAUAUCAGUGUCUCCCCCCUCCUCUUCUCCCUUCAUAGGUUAUAAAGCAUGGUUUGCUUCAGGGCCAUGCAAUUGGAAAGAGAGGGGAGGAAAUGUUUUCAAUUGUACUGGCCAAAAAGAUAGACAAGCAAGUAAGUAACAGGGAUACUAAAAGAGCAAGAAGGUCAUGAAAUGUGAAUAGGCACGUAUGGCACCAUUCCUGUCUGGCCCCAACUAAACCAUGCGUGAAUGUUUCAAGGAAUUUGCUAGUUGUAUUUAGCAUUACUUUCCAAAAGUUACUUAGACUGUUGGUGAACCAUCACACAAGAUUAAACAAGGAGGAUGAAAAGGGGUUUAACAGGAGAAAUUUAAUUUUUCAGGGUUUCUUUUUUUUUUCUUUUUUUUUUUUUUAAAGGGCACCUCUUUCUUUUCUUUCAAACACAGAAAUACACUUCUGUGGAUAUGACUGGUGCUAGGAUAUAUCUGGUUGUUAUUGCAAAUGAUUUUCUCAAAAGUGCAGGCAUGGCACCCACAGGGACAGAUAAGAGCAAAUUGUUCAGCAUAAUCUCAUGGUGUUAACUGUGACAUCUGGGCAAACAAUAUUUGUUGUUGAGUCGGCUUUUGGUUGGGAUUUAUUUACUUCUGUUCUGUUUUGAUUUUUUAUGGUUUGAGUUGCUUUUUCCCCACAACAGAAAAUAUGUUUCCAUACAUUUUUUGGUUUUGUUUUUAGUCUCAUCAAAUCCCCCAGAUUAAAAGGAGGUAUGUACAAAGGUCAAAUUUCUGAUGUACUGUAUAAUCCACCCCCAAUACCAUCCCUUUCUGUCCUAGAAAAAAUUAAAUCUAGGGACAAAUAAAUUAUAAAAAAAGAAAUCAUCCUCUUCCUUCUAUCUUCAUAGUCUCUGCUUAUCAAUGCUCAAGGCAGAGUGCAGCAGCUAUUGGUAUCUGUAAGGGUGUUGCUAUCAAAGAUGGGAAAAAUAGUUAUCAAGAUUUCCUAUUAAAGGAUAAAGCAAGGGAAAACAAAAGUAGCUCUACAUUAUGAAUAUUAAUGGUUUCUAGUGAAGGUCACACUGCCACUCUAACUGCCAAAGAAAACACUGACCCUAUUGUGACAAAAGCUCCUUGUCCGUACAAUCACCGUGACACAGCUUGACUGUACCAGUAGCGCCACAAGAAAAUUAAGUUUUUGUGUAUUUCAGGGGAUUGGGUAUGUUCCAAGUUAGCCACAGCAACUGAGUUCAAUUUGGGUAUCUCAGAGCAGAGGGUCUCCCAUGUGCCCCCUGCACUACAUACAGCCCUUCCCCAGCCCCUGGUGUACCCUGCUUCCCUGUCUCAUCCUCAGGAAGAUACUUGCUAACUAAUAACAGGAGCUGUUUAGGACUUGUAAACUGAUUCUCAGAUCAGUUUUUGGUAAGUGUUGCUGUGGCUGUAGAAAUACACAUGGCCAAUCCAGCUGAACUGAUUGUCCUUAACAAUUUUACUGUGAUUUCUAGCAUUCUGGUGGCUACUGCAACUGUCCUAUCAUUUGUUUAUUAAUUCGUUAGCUCUCAAUGAUCAGCUGUCGGGAACCAUUCUGAAAUUGCACAUUGUUACUAUUAUUUACAUUGAUUUUGUAAGAGAUGUGAAGAAAGGGUGCAAGGUACAGAGAAAAUAACACAUGAAAAAAACUUUAUGUAUAUUUUUUUUUAAAGGUUCAGAGAUAUAUUGUGACAUGGCUGUGUACUUGAUCUUGUAUUCGUCAUGUUUCCUACUUGGAGUUUUAAAUAAUGACAUCCCUGUGAUCAGAAUAUUUUUUCCUUUAGUUUCUUU